AUGCUGCGCAACAUCCGUGCUUUCUACGAGCUCUGCCUAGUGACUUACUCCACACGUGACCGAACUGAAGACAUCCUACGACUCAAAUUAGAUCCCAAUGGACGUCUAUUUAACGGUCGUGUGCUCUGUCGUGAGGACGUGUUGGCAGGUUUUGAGAAUAAGCGUGAAGCUCUAUUCGCGCAUCUGCCCCAGGGUAAGACAAACAAGGGUUUGAUGAAGGUGCGUCGCCUCAAACCUGGGUACAUUGUACGACCACCUGCCUGGCCCUACAUUGUCAUGCUAGACGACUUUCCAGCCGCAUGGUCCAAUUUCUCCUCCUGCAUCCCUAUCCGUCCCUUUCUUCUUGGACCAGAUGGAGGUGGACUCAACUCCAAUGGUAAAGCGUCGACCAAAAUCCUAUCCGGUGAAUGUGGAUACAUGCUCAGCGUUUACAGAUUUUUGGUAAAACUACACGCAGCAGUCUUCCAAAGAGUUAGAACACCUAUUGAGGUGGACAUGAAUUGUGCACCAAUUCGUGUGCGAGCCGAGAGGAGGGUAAUGGGUCGAAAGAACAGUAGUGGCAGCAACGGUCAGGCGCAUAUGACAGCCUUCUCGGCAUUGGUAUCCCUCAAGCGACGCAUCAACUCGGCUCAGCGUUUCCAAAACAUGUGCUACGUGGAUCCGGGUCAGCUACUCACCUUCGAGUGCAUCAGGACCCCCAAUGAACGACGAUCAAGGUCAGCAAUCAACCAGUCACACGUGUUUGUCGACUCGCAGUAG